GAUUUACUCCCAGCCAGUGCGCACAGUUGGGUUUGUCAUAGUCGCCGAAAGCUCCAGCUUUUCCUUUUCUUUUCUUUUUUUGCCUUUUUUUUAACUGGGGGACGCAAGUAACUUCUUUUGUCUUUUUUUAAACCCUUCCUGUGGAGCUUUUCUCUGGAAAAACCCUCCUGUGUUCUUUCAGAAAUUCUCCUGGAUAUUCUUCUUCUUUUUAUUUUUAUUUUUUAAUUUUUGGUGUGGAAGAGGUGGUUUGGGUUUUUCCAGCUCGGACGGGACCGUGAUGUAGGAGGACGCCUGCCUGUCCCCGCUGGGCUUAAAGGGAUGUAAAAAAUAAAAAUAAAUAAAUAAACACAAGGGGGACGUUGGUGCUGGAUACGAGCCGCUGCUUUUAUUUUUUAAAUUCUUUUUAUUUUUUAAAUUUUGCCUUCUCCGCCUCACUUCAACCAUCACCUCCGCUCGCGACGUCGACCACGAGCGCCCGGGGAUCUUCUUGCAUGGAGGGGGAGGGAGGCGGAGGAGGAGGAGGAAGGGGGACCAGGAUAUUUCACCUGGAGUUUGGAUCCUGUCAAGUCGUGCGCAACGCCGGACUGAGGAAGAGACGCUGGCUUUAAAAAAAGAAAACAAACGCGCGUUGUUUCAAACACAGCUGGAGAGGCCUUUACAAUCGCAGCCAAGCAGAAAUAAUGGGUUCAGCGGCUUGGAUUCAGCCACGACACAUAGGACCAAGCAUGCCUUUUUUACCUGGAAUGUGACUUGCUGGAUUUGUAAUCAGCAGCUCUCGAGAACAUCACUCCAGCUCACUUCAAGAUUUUUGGAAGAAGGAUCUGGGAUCAGAGCAACAAGACUUAUAGCCCUUUGGGAAAGAGCGGCGCAGCGGAAUAGGGGUCGCGCCGUAGAGGAAGCAACCAAUCAGGGCUCCUGCCAGCCGAAGACUUCGUACUGAGCUCAUCUGGGACUCUGAGCGGCGGGCGGUGAGAGAAGGAGGCCAUGUGGACCGCACGCCUGCUAGUCCUCGCCAGCCUCUUUGCACCAGCCGCUCUGGCUUUCAGCAGAGCGCCCAUCCCCAUGGCGGUGGUGAGGAGGGAGCUGUCCUGCGAGAGCUACCCCAUCGAGCUGCGCUGCCCAGGYACGGACGUCAUCAUGAUCGAGAGCGCCAACUACGGCCGCACGGACGACAAGAUCUGCGACGCGGACCCCGCCCAGAUGGAGAACACUCGGUGUUAUCUGCCGGACGCGUACAAGAUCAUGUCUCAAAGGUGUAACAACAGGACCCAGUGUGCGGUUGUGGCCGGGCCAGACGUGUUUCCUGACCCCUGUCCUGGAACCUACAAAUACCUGGAAGUCCAAUACGAAUGUGUGCCCUACAAAGUGGAACAAAAAGGCUCCUCAGUAUUCCUGUGCCCAGGACUUCUGCGCAGGGUGUACCAGAGCGAGCACCUCUUCGAGUCGGACCACCAGUCCGGAGCCUGGUGCAAAGACCCUCUCCAGGCCUCCGAYAAGAUCUAUUACAUGCCUUGGACACCCUAUCGCACAGAUACCUUGACCGAAUACUCAUCCAAGGAAGACUUCAUAGCUGGGAGGCCAACAACGACCUACAAACUGCCACAUCGUGUUGAUGGAACAGGUUUUGUGGUCUAUGACGGCGCACUGUUUUUCAACAAGGAGCGCACGCGCAACAUCGUCAAGUUUGACCUGCGGACUCGGAUCAAGAGCGGUGAGGCUAUCAUAGCCAACGCCAACUAUCAUGACACGUCUCCAUACCGCUGGGGAGGAAAAUCAGACAUCGACUUGGCUGUGGAUGAAAAUGGGCUUUGGGUGAUUUACGCCACUGAGCAAAACAACGGGCGGAUCGUCAUYAGCCAGCUCAAUCCCUACACACUGCGGGUUGAGGGGACCUGGGACACGGCUUACGACAAGCGUUCUGCUUCCAACGCCUUCAUGAUUUGUGGAAUCCUCUAUGUGGUUAAGUCAGUCUAUGAAGAUGACGACAAUGAAGCAACAGGAAAUAAGAUUGACUACAUCUACAACACAGAACUAAGUAAAGAUGGGUUUCUGGACAUCCCUUUUCCUAACUCGUAUCAGUACAUUGCUGCUGUGGAUUAUAAUCCCAGGGACAACUUGCUGUAUGUUUGGAACAACUACCAUGUCGUCAAAUACACUUUGGAUUUUGGAGCAUUAGACAACAGACUUGAAACCUCCUCCUCUGUUAUGGUGUACAUGGAUACUACGACCUCAACAACAAGGACCACGACUCGUACUUCAGCUGUUAGCCCAACAUCCACAACAAUACGGAUAACGACUACCAGGAUGCCUUCGACAACAACCGCAGUGGCCCAAUGGCCACGGACCACAUCGACGAUGUYGGCCCCGGUUCACACGCUCAUAGAAGCUUUGGAGCCAGAAGAAGACGACGGAACGUCGCCAUCUUCUAAGCUUCCUAACAUCAGGGUGGAAUACUGUAAUCCACUGGUGACAAUGGACAUCAACUGGUCCAAGACCAAGCAGGGCACAGUGGCCAAAAUGCCCUGUCCAUCUGGAACCAUAGGUGUUGCUUCGUAUAUGUGCAUGGGCCCCGAAGGAUACUGGGACCUACAGGGACCUGACUUUAGCAACUGUACCUCCCCUUGGAUCAACAUCAUCAACCAAAAGCUAAAAGCUGGAGAGACCGCUGCGGUCAUUGCCCGAGAGCUGGCGGAGCAAACAAAGAGUAACCUUCAGGCAGGCGACAUCACCUACACUGUGAAGGCCAUGAUUCAGCUGGUGGACCUGCUGGAUGUGCAGCUGAGGAACCUCACGCCAGGCGGCAAGGACAGCGCAGCCCGGAGCCUCAACAAGCUGCAGAAGAGAGAGCGCUCGUGUCGAUUUUAUGUUCAGGCCAUGGUGGAGACGGUCAACAACUUGCUGCAGCCACAGGCCCAGGCGGCGUGGAGGGAGCUGAGCCCCAGCGAGCAGCUGAGGGCCGCCACCAUGUUGCUGGACACGGUGGAGCAGGGCGCCUUCGUUCUGGCUGACAACCUGCUAAAAACCGACAUUGUGCAAGAGAACACCGACAACAUCCAGCUGGAGGUAGCGAGGAUGAGCACAGAUGGGAAUUUGCCUGAUCUGAAGUUCCCACAAAGUGGAGGACAGGGAAACUCCAUCCACCUGUCAGCUAAUACACUGAAGCAGCAUGGAAGGAACGGUGAAAUCCGAAUAGCAUUUGUCCUGUAUAAACACAUCGGCGGGUACCUUUCUACGGAAAAUGCCAGCAUSAAGUUGGGCAGCGAAGCCUUGGCGACCAAUUACUCGGUCAUCGUCAACUCACCGGUGAUCACAGCCGCCAUCAACAAAGACUCGAACAAAGUCUAUCUGUCUGACCCCGUCAUUUUUACCAUCAAACACCUGCAGCAAUCCGAGGAAAACUUCAACCCCAACUGUUCAUUCUGGAGUUACUCCAAGCGAACCAUGAUGGGCUACUGGUCGACUCAGGACUGCCGCUUGCUCAGCACCAACAGAACACACACCACAUGCUCCUGCACCCAUCUCACCAACUUUGCGGUCUUAAUGGCCCACGUCGAUGUCAAGAAUUCRGACCCAGUUCACGACAUGCUCCUAGAUGUCAUCACCUGGGUUGGCAUCCUGCUCUCACUGGUGUGCCUCCUCAUCAGCCUCUUUACCUUCUGCUUCUUCCGCGGCCUACAGAGUGAUCGCAACACUAUCCACAAGAACCUGUGCAUCAGUCUUUUCAUCGCCGAGUCGCUCUUCCUGGUGGGGAUCAAUCGGGGGGACCAACCAAUUGCUUGUGCUGUCUUUGCCGCCCUGCUCCACUUCUUUUUCCUGGCAGCGUUCACGUGGAUGUUCCUGGAGGGCGUGCAGCUCUACAUCAUGUUGGUGGAGGUGUUUGAGAGCGAGCACUCGCGCCGGCGAUACUUCUACCUGGUGGGCUACGGAGUUCCUGCGCUGAUCGUGGCGGUCUCAGCAGCCGUGGACUACCGCAGUUAUGGAACGGAUCGAAUUUGCUGGCUUCGCCUGGACACGUACUUCAUCUGGAGUUUCAUAGGACCGGCAACCUUGAUAAUUAUGCUGAACGUGAUCUUCCUGGGCAUCGCGCUCUACAAGAUGUUCCAUCACACGGCCAUUCUGAAGCCAGACUCCGGUUGCCUGGACAACAUCAACUAUCGUUAUUAUGAUGGAUGUGUUGUUGUCGAAUGGCACCGCUAUCAGGAUUAUGAGCCUAACAUCAAGUCAUGGGUGAUUGGGGCCAUUGCCUUACUGUGCCUCCUCGGAUUGACCUGGGCCUUUGGUCUGAUGUACGUCAACGAGAGUACGGUGGUCAUGGCGUACCUCUUCACCAUCUUCAACUCCCUGCAGGGGAUGUUCAUCUUCAUCUUCCACUGUGUGCUGCAGAAGAAGGUGCGUAAGGAGUACGGGAAGUGUCUACGCACCCACUGCUGCAGUGGGAAAAGUGUGGACAGCUCCAUCGGCUCGGUGAAAGGCACCGUCUCUCGGGCUCCAGGACGUUAUUCUUCAGGGUCACAGAGCCGCAUCCGCCGAAUGUGGAACGACACAGUCAGAAAACAGUCUGAGUCCUCCUUCAUGACCGGAGACAUCAACAGCUCGGCGUCACUCAACAGAGGGGCCAUGGCUAACCAUCUUAUACCUAAUGCACUCCUCCGUCCUCAUGGCACUAACAAUCCUUAUAACACAUUGCUUGGGGAGUCGGCAGUUUAUAACAACCCUCUGGGCAUGUACAACACUCAAGAGCCCUACAGAGAGACAAAGGGAAUCCUGAACAAUGCCCGGGAUACAAGUGUCAUGGAUACUCUACCACUGAAUGGUAACCAUGGGAACAGCUACAGCAUUGCCAGCGCUGACUACAUGAGUGACUGCGUCCAGAUCAUCGAUCGGGGCUACAACCACAAGGAGACCACCCUAGAAAAGAAGAUCCURAAAGAGCUCACCUCCAACUACAUCCCCUCUUACCUCAACAACUCCCAUGAGCGCUCCAACGAGCAGAACCGCAACCUCAUGAACAAGCUGGUCAACAACGUUAGCAAUGGCGGCAAGGACAACGGCUACGGGAUGGGCUUAGGAGUGGGGAUCGGGAUGAACGUAGCGCUUAACCUCGAUGAUCACUCUACGUUUGGUCCGCACCACGACGAAGGUUUGGGCCUGGAGCUGAUACGCGAGGAGUCCAACGCCCCUCUGCUGCCACAAAGGCCACUGCCAACUCUUCAGGCGGUGGACAACCUCCACAACCACCUCCACCAGUCCAUGCCUCCGCCGCCGCUUCCGCUGACGCACCACCCCUUCUCCUCCGGCUCCGCCUCCUCGUCAUCUCGAAGGAGGAUCCCCCAGGAGAACAGCGAGAGCUUCUUCCCCCUGCUGAACAACGAGCACACCGAAGACGAAGGCUCCUCGCCCAGCCACAGCCACCAGAGAGACUCCCUCUACAACAGCAUGCCCAUGCUGCCCGGCCUGCCCGACGUGUCCGCGGGAUCCGCCCACGGCUCCAAGGAGGGCGGGGACGGCGGCAAGAGCCCGGAGGCCAGCUCGGACGACAUUUACUACAAAAGCAUGCCCAACUUGGGCUCGCGGAACCACCUCCACCAGCUGCACUCCUACUACCAGAUGGGGCGGGGCAGCAGCGAUGGCUUCAUCGCGCCCCCCAACAGAGAGGAUCUAACUUCAGAAGAGGUCCACCAGGAUCCCUCACACCUGGUCACCAGCCUAUAGACCCCCCUACACCCCUCCUUCUGACACACCUCUGUUCCUCUAGUCCAUGUUCCCUCUGCUCCAUCUUUCGUCGGCAGUGGUAGCCGUUGUUUUUAUCGUGUCCCGAAAACCGAGGCCGUUACCCGGCCACAAACUGCAUCAGUUUAUCCAAUCAAACAGGGGCUGAUGUGACUUUAUGUGGUUAGACAUUCCAAGAUGUUGAUGUUGUGUCCUGCAGCCUCCCUCCUACACCUUUUUCUUUAAAAAAAACCUUCAUGGUUUUUUUGUCUCGUAGUGAAGAGAGACAUUUUUUUAGGGUGACGAGGAACUGGAUGGUCCUACAGUCUAGACUCUUAGACUUAACCAGAACAAAUGGUGAAAUUUAAAAAGGAAAAAAAGACUAUUUUAUUAUACUUCUGUAUCUGUACAGACUUUUUGAAAUAUUUUCUUCCUCUUUUGGUGAGUUGCAGCACAUUUUGUUUGCUGAAGUGUUCCUUCAAUAUAAAAAAAAACAGCAAAAAAAUUUAAAUAAAAAUGUCAAAGAAAAAAAAUCCAACUUGCUCACAUUUUGGACAAUUACCAUGAAGGAUGGAAUGCUGUUUCAUUUUUUGUUUUUAGUUUUUUUUUUGUUUGUUUGUUUGUUUGGGUCCCCCCUUUUAUUUACUGUAAUAACAUUUGUUAAGAGGGAGAAAAAAGACUAAUGAGAGAAUUAUGACAUAUUUCUAUGUAACUGUACAGAUAACUAGCUUUGCACAUAACUAUGCUUUUGUUAUUUUUUUGGGAUCAAACCUUUUGUCUCUGUUAACGUAGUGAUUCAGAACAGGUUUGUUUUGUAUUGCUGGACCCUGGUUUUCUGUUAUACCACUUUUCAUACACACACACACACACACAAAAAUUAUAAUAAUAUCUUAAGAAGAACAAAACACACACUUAUUGUGCAAGCAUAUCUGUUAAAGCAGUUCACUUUUCAGGUUACUUUUUUCCAUUUUUGAUUGUUUUUAUUUCAUUUUCUCUGUGUAGAUAACAGAAACAUUUGAGAAGACCGAAUUGUGAAGGAAAUAAACGUUUGCAUUUGUAUCGACAUUUAGGAAACACUUCUUUAAAACAGGACGAAUUGGACCUUGUUGUGCACCGUGCACUUGUACAAAAAGUAAUAAUAAUAAUAAAGUUUGUGGUUUUUAUUAAAGAAAGAGUCUUUGGAGUGAGAAAAACUAGAAGUGGUUUUGUUUCUUUCCUCAAAGAGAAAAAAAAAUUGUUAAAGAAACUUUAACAAAGAAUGGUCGUAACUUUCUUAUUUUUUUUCUUUAUUGGCUAUGAUCAUGGCUUGUUUGUUUGUAGCCAUCAGGUUUCGAGUUGAUUGACCUCCAGUAAAAAAAAAGCAAUUUGCAAACAAAUAAAUGACAGAUUAAGGUUUAUUMAGCACUUAGAUGUGACAACUGUUCUGUGUUAUCUGGGAAGUUUUUUUUUCACUAGGAACUUCAAAAGUAACAGAACACUGUUUCUUUUUCUGUUUUGUUUCAGUUUUCAGGUAAUAUCUCUCAUUAGUCCUCUGUCCAUUUUAGUGACGAGUCAGAUUUUGGCCCUGCAGUCGUGGAUGUGCUCUGUAUGCUCUGGUUUGCAACAAUAGACUCAAUGAUUUCAGAAGCUGUAAUAAAUAUUUCAGUAUCACC